GGGAGGAGGAGCGGGGGGGUUUGUUUGGGUUACUGGGCUCAGCUGUGAGAGACGAGCGGUGAUCGGAGCCGGAGACCGAGGUACAGGAGACGUGCGGAGCCCGGGCCCGGCGGAUCGCGUGUGACGUGUAAUAUACCGGCCAUCAUUAUAUGAGAAGAUAGACGUCAGAUACAACACAGCGCCACCUAAUGGGUCCAGGAAAAUGAGCCCCCUUGCUGGCGCCCCUGUGUGGUGAUGGAGGUCCGCUGCGGGGGGCUACUCUUCAGCUCCAGGUUUGAUUCUGGGAAUUUAUCUCGGGUGGAGAAGGUGGAGCAGACGGAUGGCGAGGGAGACGCAUCAUCUGGCAGUAAUGGGGGCAGUGGGUUCGGCAGCCCCGCCCCCGACUAUGAAUUCAACGUGUGGACCCGACCGGACUGUGCAGAAACGGAGUACGAGAACGGGAACAGGUCCUGGUUCUACUUCAGCGUGCGGGGCGGAGCUCCAGGGAAAGUCAUCAAGAUCAACAUCAUGAACAUGAACAAACAGAGUAAGCUGUACGGCCAGGGGAUGGCGCCCUUCGUCCGCACUGUCCCCAUCCGCUCACGCUGGGAACGCAUUCGCGACAGGCCCACCUUCCAGAUGGUGGAUAACCAGUUCGUCUUGUCCUUCGUCCACCGUUUCUUGGAUUGUCGCGGAGCCACCACCUACUUCGCCUUCUGCUUCCCGUUCUCCUAUGAGGAGUGUCAGGAGCUGCUGGCCGGACUGGACGACCGAUUCAGUGACAGCCGACUGAUGUCUCCGGGCAGCAGCCCCCCCGACUCCAUCUAUUACCACCGGGAGCUGCUGUGUCACUCCUUGGAGGGGCUCCGCGUGGACCUCCUGACCAUCAGCUCUGGCCACGGGAUGAUGGAGGAACGGGAACCCAGACUGGACAAGCUGUUCCCGGAUCGCUCCUGUCCGCGCCCGUACCGCUUCAGUGGGAAGAGGGUUUUCUUCCUGAGCAGCCGCGUUCACCCAGGGGAGACCCCUUCCAGCUUCGUCUUCAAUGGCUUCUUGGAGUUCAUCCUGCGGCAGGACGACCCCCGGGCGGCAGCACUGAGGCGCAUGUACAUCUUUAAGCUCAUCCCCAUGCUGAACCCUGACGGGGUGGUGAAAGGGCAUUACAGGACAGAUACCCGGGGAGUAAACCUGAACCGACAGUAUCUUGCCCCAGAUGUGGAGCUCCAUUCAUCAGUCUACGGAGCCAAGGCCGUUCUUCUCUAUCACCACAUCCACAACCGCGUCCGCCCCAAUGACCCCGACUGCAGGAAUCCCACAACACACUCCCCCUCCAACCCCGCACUACGACCAAAGAUUUCCAAUCAUUCCCCCCAACAGCGCCCCACACAGGAGGACUUGUCUGACAUGGAGAAGACUAAUAACCUGCUAAACAGUAUGGGCAGAGAAGGGCCGUAUGCUGCACCUCAGGGCCUUACAAAAGAAACCCCCAUCUUACCUGAGCACGAGGACUUCAUCAGGGAAAAGGAAAAGUGGGUCUUGGGGCUGGAAUCCAAGGCUGAAGAGGGCAACCAAUGUGAGUCCCGGCUGGACGGUGACGGCAACAAUGAGCCCACAACUUUUAUUCCCCCUCAGGAAAGUGGAAUUGCCUUCUAUGUGGACCUGCAUGGCCACGCUUCAAAAAGGGGAUGCUUCAUGUAUGGGAACCACUUCACCGAUGAUAACGACCAAUUGGAGAACUUGUUGUACCCUAAGCUCAUCUCCCUGAACUCCGCUCACUUUGAUUUUAUGGGCUGUAAUUUCUCGGAGAAGAACAUGUACGCGAAGGACAAGAGGGACGGUCAGUCUAAGGAGGGCAGCGGGCGCGUUGCCAUCCACAAGGCCACGGGAAUCAUUCACAGCUACACCCUGGAGUGCAACUACAACACCGGCCGCUGCGUCAACACCAUCCCCGUUGCGUGUCAUGACAACGGCAGAGCCACCCCUCCCCCACCGCCCGCCUUCCCACCCAAGUUCACCACCGACAUCUUUGAGCAGGUUGGCAGAGCCAUCGCCAUUGCGGCCUUGGAUUUGGAGGAGUGUAACCCGUGGCCUCGGCUCGUCAUGUCGGAGUACAGCGGCCUCUCCAACCUGAGAGCGUGGAUGCUCAAGCACGUCCGGAAUACCAAAACAGUGGCUGGUGGAGGGUCCAGGAAGAAGGGCACCAAGACCCCUCCCAAGGCCGGCAGUUUUGCAUCGCCCUCGUUGACGGAGAACAACCUGAGCAGAGCGAGAAGCUUCAGCAAUGGCACCAGCAGCAGCAGCAGUCAGCAGAACUCCCCCCAGACCAGACCCUCCCCCAGCUUCACCUUUAUCUGCGGCCAGAGCCCCCCGAAGGCAGGUGGUCACAGGCUCCUGGGUCCGGUGCGAGACACCAAAGUCCAGGAGAAGCGGCGGCAGCACCACCAGUCUCUAUUGCGGGCAGCUGUCCACAGUCCAACCAAGAGCCAUCAGGUCCCCAGCACCCACAGUCCACACUUGUCGACCCUCGUAAGCCCGCGCCCUAUGGUCCAUCAGAAGCCAUCGUAUACCCUGCCAGUGACACUCAGCAUGUCAGGCAGUAGACUUAGCAACUUGACUACAGUCAACAAGACCAAGAGUCUGGCAGCGGUCAAUAAGAGUCUACGGGAAGGAGGAGAUUCCGGUAAACCACUGACCCGGGCCGACCCAGAAAUCCCUCUGAUACAGACUUUGCAAAAAAGAAGUAACAGCCAUAACCAUGCGGAGUUCUCCAGGUCUCUGGAGAGUUUGGGUGUCCGUCCCAGCCGGAUCCCGGUGAGGAGAGGCGCUCUGCUACACUCCCAGAGUCUCCUCCACGUCACCAAUGAGCGAGAUUCUCCCAUCCUCAGAGUCUGGAAAUACACCUCCGAGCAGGCACUGAAGCAUUGCACCCUCACAGAUUUGGCGGCGGUAACCUCCAGCCUGACGGUGUGCUCUGUGCCGCUUCUCCGAUCUAAGACAGACGAACCCCUCUUUAUCUGUGACCAAACCAAGGAGCUGAAGGAGCAGAGUUUUCCGGCCGUCUCCCCGGACAGCGCACACCUCUCCCCAUAUCAGGGUGUCCUGUCCUUCUGUGCUGAGGGCUGAGGAUGCCCCCUUGUAUGCCCCCAGAGCAGAUUUUCAUCAUGGUGCUACGUUCUAUGAGACUGGAGAAUGGACCAAGGCCUCCCGUGUUUAUACGACCUCCCUGUCUUAUCGUGUGUGUUCUCUGCCGUCUGGACCCGUCCUCUGUUAUUUGCACUUGUGUGUUCACGGUUAUGGCGCAGGCCUCCUCCUCCCUCACAGCUGACCCCUGGUUUGUACACGGUGACGUUUUCUACAUUCGUAGACCUCCAGCUCGGGAUUUUUAAUUUUUCUUAUGAACUUUGAUACAUUUUUAUGUGAUUUUAAUUCUGCGGCUGUAAAUACACAAUCUCUGGUCUCUGCUGCUUCACGUCCCGCGGCUGCUGAUGAAAUCUAUUUAAAUAAAGUUCUGUAUUUAUC